ACAAAUUUGCAUGACAAACUCAAAAACAACACUACUUAAAAAACCAGAGGCGGCUUGGGCAUUGUAUAGCUUACAUCUGUUACCAAUUACACAUCUUCUUUAUACCAACUCAUCACCCCAAAACCCACACAACUAAAAACCCCCUAAAACACAACAAAUCUAAAAUCUCUCCCGAUCUCUCCCAAUCUCUCCGGGUUAUAUAGCAGAGAAAGCUGGGAGAGAGAUAAGGAAAAUGAUGUGGGGGUGCAAAUCAAGGCUAUCGCCACCACUAAAGCUGUUGUUUUAUAUGGUGCCUUUGAUUUUGGUGUUUGGGUUUUUUGUUUUGAUUGGUUUAAAUGGUUCGAAUAAUUAUUGGGCACCUUCAUCUUUACUUGCAUCUUCGUCGUUUGGGAAUCAAGAUAAAAGUGGAGAUUUUAUUGGGCAAAGAGUAGCCGGCGGCAGUGAUGAUAAACAAGAAGCUCUCUCUGAUGAUUAUAAUCUUCAGCGUUCUGCUUCUCCUCCACUUUCUGUUGAGGCAGCUGCCGUUCCUUCUCAAUCUCCUUCAGCUGCGGAGGAGAAUGAAAUAUUAGACGAUACCAUGUCCAGUAACUUUCCACAGUCAAGGUUGAACGAUUCUCCUGCUGUUACACCGAAUAGAAUACAACACACUUACAGCAGUUUGGACCGACUAGAAGCAAGUCUUGUGCGAGCCAGAGCUGCAAUUGGGAAAGCCAAAUCUGACAAUCAGACAAAUGACCCUGAUUAUGUCCCAACAGGGCCAAUGUACUGGAAUGCAGCUGCUUUUCACAGGAGUUAUCUGGAAAUGGAAAAGCUUUUCAAGGUAUAUGUGUAUGAAGAAGGAGAACCUCCAGUGUUCCAUAAUGGCCCCUGCAAGAGCAUAUAUUCAACGGAAGGAAAUUUCAUCUAUCAAAUGGAGAAUAGCCAAUUUCGUACGAGAGAUCCUGACAAAGCCCAUGCUUAUUUUCUUCCAAUGAGUAUUACUGCAAUGGUUCACUAUAUAUAUGUUCGCGACUCCCAUGACUCGCAGCCAAUGAAGCAAACAGUUAAAGAUUAUGUAGGUGUUUUAGCUGGAAAAUAUCCUUACUGGAAUCGGAGUACUGGAGCUGAUCAUUUCAUGGUUGCUUGUCAUGAUUGGGGGCCUUCAAUCUCAGGUGCUGUUCCUGAGCUAUUUGGAAACUCCAUACGUGGUCUAUGUAAUGCAAAUACUUCAGAAGGUUUUAGGCCCUCCAAAGAUGUUUCUAUACCUGAAAUCCUUCUCCCAUCAGGUACAAUUGAUGGCUUAAUCGGUGGUCCAUCUGCAUCACAGCGGACAAUACUGGCAUUCUUUGCGGGUGGGGUUCAUGGACCUAUCAGGCCAAUACUUCUAGAGCACUGGGAAGGCAAAGACACAGACAUUCAAGUUCAUAAAUACCUUCCGAAGGGGGUCUCAUACUAUGGAAUGCUAAAGAAAAGCAAGUACUGCAUUUGUCCGAGUGGUUAUGAGGUGGCUAGCCCUAGGAUGGUCGAAGCACUUUACACAGGGUGUGUGCCGGUAAUCGUCAAGGAUCACUAUGUGGCACCUUUUAGUGAUGUCCUCAAUUGGAAUUCAUUUUCAGUUGAAGUACCCGUGAAUGAAAUUCCGAACCUGAAGAAGAUUCUGAUGGGAAUAUCAACAAGACAGUAUAUAAGAUUGCAGAGGAGAGGUAAACAAGUAAGGCGGCAUUUUGAGGUCAGUUGGCCUCCUAAGCGGUAUGAUGUCUUCCAUAUGAUUCUGCACUCGGUAUGGCUUAGAAGGCUUAAUGUAAGGGUUCAUGCUUCUGCAGAUUUAUAAUAGUUAGAUGACCGACUCAAGCGUACAAUUUUGGAUCAUAGUUACCUAAUCAAAGAAGCUAUGUAGAACAACUUUAUGUACAUUAUGCAAGUUAUGAGAGUCAAUUUUGCAAGUUUGUCCAGAGCAAUAAAGUUGUGGUUUAAUGUCUUAU